CUUUGUAGUAACCUAAUUGCUGGUCCGUUGUUUUACUGAAUAUUACAGCAAUUUUCUACGUUUCUUCCUUUAUAAACAGCGGUCUAAGGUCAUAUCCUAGGACAAUGUACCGAAAAUAAUUCCAGGACGUACCCCACGACCAGAGCUUGCAUGAAUCUUGAAGAGUUCAGGAGGUAGUGUGUAAAACGCCGAUUGCCUAGCAACCACACAGUACUGGAGGCAACGUUUGCCCUGUACUUCUUCUUCGAGUAUAUGUGGAAAAGUCAGUUUAAGACAGAGGAUAGGGCUUGGUCAAAACGCCGGUUGCCUAGCACCCACACAGUACUGGAGGAAACGUUUGCCCUGCAUUUGUUCGAGUAUAUGUGGAGAAGUCAGUUUAAGACGGAGGAGGGGCUUGGUCAACUGGUUAACAGUAAAACGAAAGACUACUAUUUCCAAUGGUCUUCUUCUCUCCAUUCUACAACUGUGAAAAUCGAUAAGAUAAUAUCCAGCCUGAAGAAGCAUACUAGGAAACAGGACAUAUGAAUUAUACAAUUCAAAACUUAGACUGAAGCAAGAUAUGUGAAUUAUACAAUUAAAAACUUAGACUGAAGCAAGAUAUGUGAAUUAUACAAUUAAAAACUAAAACUGAACCAUUAUACAAUUCAAAACUUAGACUGAACCAAGACGUGAAUUAUACAAUUCAAAACUUAGACUGAAGCAAGACAUAUUAAUUAUACAAUUAAAAACUUAGACUGAAGCAAAACAUAUUGAUUAUACAAUUAAAAACUUAGACUGAAGCAAGACAUGUGAAUUAUACAAUUCAAAACGUAGACUAAAGCAAGACAUGAAUUAAUACAGUUCAGAACGUAGACUGAAGCAAGACAUUAAUUAUACAGUUGAAAACUUAGACUGAAAAAUCCUCCAUUUGAAAAGCAAUAUGUCAAGCAGUGUUGAUAGAUGUGUGGAACGUGAGAUCUCCUUAGGACAUCAACGUAACUCUAAUGUGGAAAUACCUGAAGGUAGACAUGGUGGUGAGAAACCUUUCCAGUGCGGGAUGUGUUUAAAGUGUGUAUCGUCUAAGUUUAGAAUUAAACAGCAUAUGUUAAUUCAUACUGGUGAAACACCGUUUCUGUGUGAGAUAUGUAAGAAAUGUUUUCGUCAAAGUACUAACUUGAAAGAGCAUAUGUCGGUUCAUACUGGAAUUAGAAAGUUCAAAUGUGAGGUUUGUGCCAAACGUUUCUCUCAUAAGUCCAAAAUACAUAGGCAUAUGUUGCUUCACACAGGUGUUAAGCCUUUCAAAUGUGAGGUAUGUGCAAAAUGUUUCAUAUACAGCUCCAACUUGAAACAGCAUACAUUAACACACACUGGCGCUAAGCCUUUUAAAUGUGAGGUGUGUACAAACUGUUUUGCACGCACUGGUGACUUGAAAAAACAUAUGUUGAUUCACACAGGUGUUAAAUCUUUCAAAUGUGAGGUGUGUGCAAACUGUUUUGCACGCACUGGUGACUUGAAACAGCAUAUGUUGAUUCACACAGGUGUUAGAUCUUUCGAAUGUGAGGUGUGUGCAAAAAGUUUUACACGCAGAGCUGUGUUGAAACGGCAUACGUUGCUUCACACAGGUGUUAGACCUUUCGAAUGUGAUAGGUGUGCAAAAAGUUUUCCACGCACCAGUGACUUGAAACAGCAUAUGUUGCUUCACACAGAUGCUAAAUCUUUGAAAUGUGAGGUGUGUGCAAAAUGUUUUGCAGGCACAGGUGCCUUGAAACGGCAUAUGUUGCUUCACACAGGUGUUAAACCUUUCGAAUGUGAUAGGUGUGGGAAACGUUUUCUACUCCGAGAUGGCUUGAAACAGCAUAUGUUUAUCCACACUCGUGUUAGUCCUUUCAAAUGUGAUGUAUGUGCAAAAUGUUUUAUAAACAUGUCACUCUUGACGGAACAUAAUACAGUGGUUCACAGCGGUGUUAAACCUUUGAAAUGCGAGGUGUGUGCAACAUGUUUUACAAGCACUGCUGACUUAAAACAGCAUAUGUUGCUUCACACAGAUGUUAAAUCUUUCAAAUGUGAGGUGUGUGAAAAAUGUUUUGUACGCAGAGGUGACUUGAAACAGCACAUGCCGGUUCAUACUGGUAUUAAAUCUUUCAAAUGUGAAAUAUGUACAAAACGUUUUGCACGCAGAUCUCAAUUGAAACUGCAUAUGUCGGUUCACAAUGGUGUCGAACCUUUCCAAAUGUAAGGUGUGUGAGAAAUGUUUUGCAUGCAAGUCCUGCUUGAAAGAGCAUGAUAUGUUGGUUCACGCAGCUGAUAAACCUUUCAAGUGUGACGUGUGCACUAAAGGUUACACACGGAGUCGUCAGCUGCAGCACCAUCAGUUGACUCGUACAACUUUGAAAUGCUGAAUGUGCACAUACUGUUUUAAAACAGGCACCGCCAGCUUGAAGCGUCAAAAGUACGUCCAUACAACUAACAAACCUUUGAAUUGCUGAAUGUACACAUAGUCUUUUAAAACAGGCACCGCGAGCUUCAAGUGUCAAAAGUACGUCCAUACAACUAACAAACCUUUGAAUUGCUGAAUGUACACACAGUGUUUUAAAACAGGCACCGCCAGCUUGAAGCGUCAAAAGUACGUCCAUACAACUAACAAACCUUUGAAUUGCUGAAUGUACACACAGUCUUUUAAAACAGGCACCGCCAGCUUGAAGCGUCAAAAGUACGUCCAUACAACUAACAAACCUUUGAAUUGCUGAAUGUACACAGUCUUUUAAAACAGGCACCGCGAGCUUCAAGUGUCAAAAGUACGUCCAUACAACUAACAAACCUUUGAAUUGCUGAAUGUACACACAGUGUUUUAAAACAGGCACCGCCAGCUUGAAGCGUCAAAAGUACGUCCAUACAACUAACAAACCUUUGAAUUGCUGAAUGUACACAGUCUUUUAAAACAGGCACCGCCAGCUUCAAGUGUCAAAAGUACGUCCAUACAACUAACAAACCUUUGAAUUGCUGAAUGUACACACAGUGUUUUAAAACAGGCACCGCCAGCUUCAAGUGUCAAAAGUACGUCCAUACAACUAACAAACCUUUGAAUUGCUGAAUGUACACACAGUGUUUUAAAACAGGCACUGCCAGCUUGAAGCGUCAAAAGUACGUCCAUACAACUAACAAACCUUUGAAUUGCUGAAUGUACACAUAGUCUUUUAAAACAGGCACCGCCAGCUUCAAGUGUCAAAAGUACGUCCAUACAACUAACAAACCUUUGAAUUGCUGAAUGUACACACAGUGUUUUAAAACAGGCACCGCCAGCUUGAAGCGUCAAAAGUACGUCCAUACAACUAACAAACCUCUGAAUUGCUGAAUGUGCACAGUGUUUUAAAACAGGCACCGCCAGCUUGAAGCGUCAAAAGUACGUCCAUACAACUAACAAACCUUUGAAUUGCUGAAUGUACACAUAGUCUUUUAAAACAGGCACCGCCAGCUUCAAGUGUCAAAAGUACGUCCAUACAACUAACAAACCUUUGAAUUGCUGAAUGUACACACAGUGUUUUAAAACAGGCACUGCCAGCUUGAAGCGUCAAAAGUACGUCCAUACAACUAACAAACCUUUGAAUUGCUGAAUGUACACAUAGUCUUUUAAAACAGGCACCGCCAGCUUCAAGUGUCAAAAGUACGUCCAUACAACUAACAAACCUUUGAAUUGCUGAAUGUACACACAGUGUUUUAAAACAGGCACCGCCAGCUUGAAGCGUCAAAAGUACGUCCAUACAACUAACAAACCUCUGAAUUGCUGAAUGUGCACAGUGUUUUAAAACAGGCACCGCCAGCUUGAAGCGUCAAAAGUACGUCCAUACAACUAACAAACCUUUGAAUUGCUGAAUGUACACAUAGUCUUUUAAAACAGGCACCGCCAGCUUCAAGUGUCAAAAGUACGUCCAUACAACUAACAAACCUUUGAAUUGCUGAAUGUACACACAGUGUUUUAAAACAGGCACCGCCAGCUUGAAGCGUCAAAAGUACGUCCAUACAACUAACAAACCUCUGAAUUGCUGAAUGUGCACAGUGUUUUAAAACAGGCACCGCCAGCUUGAAGCGUCAAAAGUACGUCCAUACAACUAACAAACCUCUGAAUUGCUGAAUGUACACACAGUGUUUUAAAACAGGCACCGCCAGCUUGAAGCGUCAAAAGUACGUCCAUACAACUAACAAACCUCUGAAUUGCUGAAUGUGCACAGUGUUUUAAAACAGGCACCGCCAGCUUGAAGCGUCAAAAGUACGUCCAUACAACUAACAAACCUUUGAAUUGCUGAAUGUACACACAGUGUUUUAAAACAGGCACCGCCAGCUUGAAGCGUCAAAAGUACGUCCAUACAACUAACAAACCUUUGAAUUGCUGAAUGUACACACAGUGUUUUAAAACAGGCACCGCCAGCUUGAAGCGUCAAAAGUACGUCCAUACAACUAACAAACCUUUGAAUUGCUGAAUGUACACACAGUGUUUUAAAACAGGCACCGCCAGCUUGAAGCGUCAAAAGUACGUCCAUACAACUAACAAACCUUUGAAUUGCUGAAUGUGCACAGUGUUUUAAAACAGGCACCGCCAGCUUGAAGCGUCAAAAGUACGUCCAUACAACUAACAAACCUCUGAAUUGCUGAAUGUGCACAGUGUUUUAAAACAGGCACCGCCAGCUUGAAGCGUCAAAAGUACGUCCAUACAACUAACAAACCUCUGAAUUGCUGAAUGUGCACAGUGUUUUAAAACAGGCACCGCCAGCUUGAAGCGUCAAAAGUACGUCCAUACAACUAACAAACCUUUGAAUUGCUGAAUGUACACAGUCUUUUAAAACAGGCACCGCGAGCUUCAAGUGUCAAAAGUACGUCCAUACAACUAACAAACCUUUGAAUUGCUGAAUGUACACACAGUGUUUUAAAACAGGCACCGCCAGCUUGAAGCGUCAAAAGUAUGUCCAUACAACUAACAAACCUUUGAAUUGCUGAAUGUGCACAGUGUUUUAAAACAGGCACCGCCAGCUUGAAGCGUCAAAAGUACGUCCAUACAACUAACAAACCUCUGAAUUGCUGAAUGUGCACAGUGUUUUAAAACAGGCACCGCCAGCUUGAAGCGUCAAAAGUACGUCCAUAAAACUAACAAACCUCUGAAUUGCUGAAUGUGCACAGUGUUUUAAAACAGGCACCGCCAGCUUGAAGCGUCAAAAGUACGUCCAUACAACUAACAAACCUCUGAAUUGCUGAAUGUGCACAGUGUUUUAAAACAGGCACCGCCAGCUUGAAGCGUCAAAAGUACGUCCAUACAACUAACAAACCUCUGAAUUGCUGAAUGUGCACAGACUGUUGUAUUAAACUAGUUUGGGAGUGGCAUCUUAUUUAGCAGUAUAAUCGUGAAACUGUCGCCACUACAUGGGCUACUCUUCCGAUUAGCAGCAAGGAAUCUUUUAUUUGCACUUCCCACAGGCAGGAUAGCACAAACCAUGGCCUUUGUU